CUUCCUCGACGCGCCUUCCCUCUGGACACUUGCCUUUGUUUACCGCUUUCCAUCAGGCACGAGAAAGGUUGAACCUGCGGCCGACCCCCGUUUAAUCUACUGCUUGUUUCUUUUGCUACACUCGCUUUUGUCAGCAAGCACCCGCGCAUACCGACGUCGCCCGACACAUCGCUACUGCGACCGUCGCUUGCUAUCGACACCCGCCACUGGAGGACGCCCCCGGGCGCACAACACCAAUGAUGAGGCCCCACGCGACAUACUCGGCCAUGCUCGCACCUUUUAUAUUACUGGCAUCGGCGCCACUGAGCGUACUGGCUGGCGACAUCCUCAAGACCAACGGUUUCAGCUCCUGUCUGGAAGGUACAGGAGACAUCAAGGUCAACAAACUGAAUAUCGAGUUCGACCGCUCCAUUAAGAAGGUCAAAUUCGAUGUGUCCGGCACCAACGAGGUUGAGCAGAAGGUUAUGGCAAUCCUCACCGUAAACGCAUACGGCAGAGAAUUGUACAACAAAGAGUUCGAUCCUUGCGAUGGUGAAUACAAAGUCGACCAGCUAUGUCCAGUCCCCAAGGGCACUUUCGGCGCACAGGGCGAGCAGAGCAUCCCCGACAGCAUCAUGUCCCAAAUCCCCAGCAUCGCCUUCAACAUUCCCGAUAUCGACAGUCAAGCCAGGAUGCAGCUCAAGGCCAUAGACGGAGGCAAGGACCUGGCCUGCAUUACCUCACAAGUCAGCAACGGACAAUCACUUUCCACCGCAGGAGUACAAUACAUCGCCGCUGGAAUUGCUGGAGCUGCCUUGGCCGUCACUGGUCUGGCUUCGCUCGCUGGCGCUGGACACCCUGGUGCGGCCCAAUCCAGUCCUACCUUUGGCGACGUUAUCGGAUGGUUCCAGGCCAUGGCUUUGAACGGCAUGAUGAGCGCUGACGUCCCUGGUGUAUACCGCAGCUGGUCUCAGAACUUUGCCUUCAGCACCGGUCUUAUCUACUGGGAGGGAAUGCAGCACUCGAUCGACAACUUCCGUGCAAGCACUGGCGGCAAUCUCACGCAGAGCAGUGUCGAAUUCCUCAAGAACGCCACCCUCGUACACGUGGACCAGAACAUGACCUUGACCAAGCGCAGCUUCGACGUUCUAUUCGCUCGCGACGAACUGAACACGAACAUCAACGAUACCGCCGAGGAAGGAGGUGACAACAAGGUCAUUGUCUACGCGAAGGACAUGCAGGGCUUCAUCCAGGAGUACACCAUCCCUGACCGUAACGCCUUCAUGACCGUUCUGCUUAUCUUCGCCAUUAUCAUCGCCGCCAUCACUGUUGGUAUCCUUCUAUUCAAGGUCAUUCUGGAGACAUGGGCACUAUUCGGCAGCUUCCCGAAGAAACUGACUAGCUUCCGCAAGCGAUACUGGUGGACUCUGGCCAAGACAAUCACCAACUUGAUUCUCCUCCUCUACGGUAUCUGGGUCCUGUACUGUGUCUACCAAUUCAAGAACGGAGACUCGUGGGCUGUCAAGACACUUGCUGGUGUUACCCUGGCCGCAUUCACCGGAGUUUUAGCCUUCUUCACCUGGAAGAUUUGGAGCACUGCGGACAAGUUCAAGAAGAUGGAGGGAAAGCCCGACGCUCUUUACGAGGACAAGGAGAUUUGGCGCAAGUACAGCAUGUUCUACGAGAACUACAAGAAGAGCUACUGGUGGAUCUUCGUACCGGCCAUCAUCUUCUUGUUCGCUCGUGGCUGCGUUAUCGCAGGAGCAGAUGGCCACGGUCUCGCACAGGCUGCUGGUCAACUCAUCGUCGAGUCGCUCCUCCUUGUCAUGCUUCUCUGGGCUCGUCCGUACACGCUCAAGUCUAGCACCUGGAUCAACAUUACCAUCUCCGUUGUUCGUGUCCUAUCGGUUGUCUGCAUUUUGGUCUUCGUCGAAGAACUUGGCAUGAGCCAGACCACGAAGACCGUCACCGGUCUGGUUCUUGUUGUCGUGCAAGCCUCCCUCACUGGUGUCCUUGCUAUCCUCAUCGCCGUCAACGCGAUCAUUAUUUGCUGCAAGGAGAACCCUCACCGUAAGAAGAGAAAGGCAGCUGGUAAGUCUUCUCCGUCCUCUAACUGCCAACACCAUCUAACAGCCCCCUCAGAGAAAGCUCGUGACCUCGACAACCUCACUCCUCUCGACGCACGCAACUCGCUACUCAUGGACCCCCAAGAGUACAAGCGAACAUCACUUCCCUCGCCGUUCGGUCCCCGCACCGCCGGCUACGACCCCGUUCCUCUCGCGGACCAAAACACCGCAUACAACGGUCCCGGGGGUCGUUCGUUCGGAGACGACCAAGGGCACUUGCUUGCAGAUGCAUCCACAUUCGGCCGCACAGCAACGCAUGAGCGGAACUUGAGCCGUGAGAGCAGUCCAGGGCGCGAUGCGGAAGUUGGCUUCCAUCAGCCGCCCGGCUACGUUUCCAACGCCCCAUGGCAGCCUCAACAACCACGAGGUCCCCCUGGCCCCUAUGCGUACUAAGCCAACAACCUUUCGAGUCAUCCAAGAGCGAAGACCUAAAGAGAUGAAACAUCUCGCCAUCUAGGCAUAAUCUCCUAUUUGUUUUGUUCCUAUGUCUGCAUUGCGGUGGUCGCAUUUGACAAACCAUAGAGCGGUCGAACCAUAUCCUCAGUCAUCUAUCUCCCGCACACGGACCGGGCUAUACUCGCGCUCCACGUUUGUGUAUUUACGAA